AUGACAAGCUCGCUCAAGAACCCCUCCUGCUUUCUCUACAGCCCAGGAGUAGCAAAGAUCGAAGAGGCUCCAUAUCCAACCAUUGAAGACCAACAUGAAGUCGUCAUUCGAAUUGCCUAUGUUGGUGUUUGUGGAAGUGAUGUGCAUUUCUGGAACCAUGGGGGAAUAAUCAACAAAGUUGACCCUUCUCACCCACUCAUCAUGGGCCAUGAAGCAUCAGGAACUAUCCACGAAAUUGGUACAGCUGUGACUUCUCUCAAGAUUGGCGACAAGGUGGCAAUUGAACCUGGCCACCCUUGCCGUCGUUGUAAAUCAUGCAGAGCAGGCAGAUACAACCUAUGCCUAAAAAUUAAGUUCGCGGCAGCUCCUCCUGACAACCAUGGCGCGCUUACAAAGUACUUCAAGCUGCCGGAAGAUUUUUGUUACAAGCUGCCAGACUUCAUGGGUCUGGAUGAAGGUGUCUUGGUGGAGCCACUUGCCGUUGCAGUGCACGCGUCUCGGCAAGCAGAUAUCAAGGCUGGUCAGACAGUUGUGGUUUUUGGUGCUGGGACUGUUGGCCUACUUUGCGCUGCUGUUGCUAAAGCUAUGGGAGCCCUCAAGGUUAUUUCUGUGGAUGUGAACGACUCCCGGCUAGAGUUUGCGCAUACAUUUGCGGAUGCUGGCACUUAUCACCCUUUGGUCGAGGAUCCGGCCGAGGAUACUGCGAGAAAGAUCAUAGACGCGAACCAGCUUGACGAAGGAGCAGAUGUUGUGCUCGAAGCUACUGGUGUUGCUAGCUGUAUCGAGGCUGGCAUCUCAGUGACAAAGCGUGGAGGCACCUAUAUUCAAGUUGGCUUAGGGAAGUCAAAGGUCGAAUUUCCAAUCGUGAAGCUAUCCGAGAAGGAGAUCAACAUGAAAGGAUGUUUUCGAUACAAUGCCGGCGAUUAUGAUUUGGCAUUACACUUCUUGGAGUCAAAGAAAAUUUCUGUCAAGGAGCUGAUCACUGGUGUCGAGCCAUUCGAGCGGGCAACUCAUGCCUGGGAGAGAACUAAGAAGGGAGACGGCAUCAAGAACUUGAUUGAGGGGCCGCUGUAA